UCUCCGGUUCCGGCAGGGUGACGCUUGUCCGCGUUGAGGAUCCAUUGGCGGAUUAAUUGAUCGGUUUGAGCUGUAAAAUCCUGAUUAAUCGACUGAUCUGAUCAGCAAUGAGGCUGGUGCCGGUGAUGCUGCUGCUGCUGAGCGCUCUGCUGUUGGCGGAGGGAGGGAGGAGCCGCAGGGAGAACAGCGGGAAUAGCGGGAACAGCCUGCGGAGGGCGGCCAGCGGAGUGUACCAAACACUUAGUAGCGCCUUCGGAGAGGACAGCAUGAGGACAGUACACAAGUUCUUCUCCAAGACCACCGAGAGGUUUGUCCAGGGAGUCGACUCGUUCCUGGAUACGAUAUGGAAGAUCUGGACGGAUCUACUGGACAUUAUGGGGAUUGACUCCUCUAAUCUGACCCACUACUUCAGUCCGGCGUCCGUGUCCAGUUCCCCGGCCCGCGCUCUCCUGCUGGUGGCUGCCGUGCUGGUGGCGUAUUGGUUCCUGUCUUUGUUUCUGGGGGGAUUUUUCUACCUGCUGCACGCCGUGUUCGGCCGCUUCUUCUGGCUGGCUCGCGUCUCCCUGUUCGCUCUGUCGUGUCUGUACAUCCUGCGGAAGUUCGAGGGCGACCCGGAGAAGGCGGUGCUGCCGCUGUGCUUCAUCAUGGCGGUGUACUUCAUGACUGGCCCGGUGGGGGCGUACUGGCGCAAAGGCAGCAGCCCCAACACGCUGGAGGAGAAGAUUGACCACCUGGACACCCAGAUCCGCCUGCUCAACAUCCGCCUCAGCAGAGUCAUCGACAGCCUCGAGCGCUCCAGCGACCAAUGAGGACGUCAGAUUUGGCCCCGGGGCGGGGCUUGCGGUGGUAGGGGGCGGGGUCGGAACCAGAGGUUUAUUUAAAGUGAUGGGGCUCAAAGCAGGGACUAGAAACGGAGAACAAAAACGGAGAAAAAUAAAAAUGACAACAAACAUUUUUCACAGAACACCGAUAGAAAGUGUGAAUGAAUUUGUACUUUUUAAAUGAAUUAUAUUAAUUUUUCAGAUUAAUGUACCAGGGCAUCCCCACUCCUCGCUUUAGGGGACAUAACAGCUUAAAAAAUGUGAGCUGCUUUUUAUUAACUGGUUAAUAAAGUCGUUAUUUAUCA